UCUUUUUGAGCUUUAGAUUUUCAUAUAUAGACUGCAAGUGAAGUGCAUCCCGUUAGAACUAUUUUACUUUUGUCCCCGAAGAGCUGUUUAGGAUCCCUAAGAAAAUGAAGGUUACUAUACCGAUUUUAGCCAUUGUUUUUUGUGGUCUAUCUGUUGUCGAGUCUCUAAAUUGCCAGGAGUGUCUCUCGGACAAUGCAGUCUACUGUGUAAACCAAACUUCGUAUAGGAAUUGUUUGAAAACUAGUCCCUUUGGCGAUGUGAUAAACUGUCCCACAGGAACUGUUUGCACUAAUUCCAAUGACGUUUGUGUGCAAAGUUCCGAGCUUACAGGAUCUUUAAUAGACGUGUGCGGAACCUCUGGAGGAAUCGGGUGUGCAUCAUGCACAGACUCGAAAUACGCUUGUGUCAGCAAAACUCAAUUUGCGAGAUGUUCUAAAGGAAUUAUAAUCGGUUCCACUAUUUACAAUUGCGAUAGUGAUGCGAUUUGCAGCUCGGAAGCUCUUGAGAAGCACGGCGAUAUCUGUGUGCCCUCGUGCGCUCUUGAUUUCCUGGAGUUGAGUGCCACGUGCAGCAACAGUGAAUACUCGACGACGACCACUGCAGCUCCUACAACGGUUACACCCAGUACUGAUGACAAAAUAAAUGCCUGCACCCAGGCAGAAAAGGAUCUUGAGGUGGCGUUGAACACCACGUACUUCCUCACUGUAUAUAAAGCAGAUACUAGCUGUCGGGCCUAUCUGUACUGCCAAAGAAGUGCUACCAUCAAAUGGGAUACCGUUUAAAUGUCCUGCACCUCAGCCAAGCCAUAUUACGAUUCUACAAAGCGCAUUUGUGUGGAAACUAAGCCAACUGGUUGCUCCUAGUUGGAGGCAAUGUGGAGUUUUAAAUCUACACCUGCAACAUUAACUUAUAUUAGGUUUUAAAAAUAUGAUAAGAUAUAAUGUGAGAUAAUUAUCCUAUUAAUUUCAAAUGGUUGUAUGAAAUGUAUAAUUGUAAAAUAGAGAUUUCCGAGUAAUAAAGGUAUAAUUCUCCUCACAGAACA